CAGCUUUGUGUAAAAGCUGGUCUCCCAGAAGCUGCCACAACCUCCAACAGCGGCUACAGCUGAAACUCGAACACCUGGAACAAAGAGCUCAUCACAAUGUCAGAUGGGUAUGUGUGGUUUGAAGGGAUACCUUUCCCUUCCAUGGGUUACAAACCAGAAGUCCUGAGAGAAGCACGGGAGAGUUUUGCGUUGAAGGAUGAAGAUGUCUUGAUACUGACUUACCCCAAAUCAGGAACAAACUGGUUGAUUGAAAUUGUCUGCCUGGUUUACUCCAAGGGGGAUCCCAAGUGGAUACAAUCUGUGCCCAUUUUGAAACGCUCACCCUGGGUAGAAGUUGAGUAUGGGUAUAAUUUACUUAAGGAUAAGGAAGGCCCCCGCCUCAUCACCUCCCACCUCCCCAUCCAGCUCAUCCCAAAGUCUCUCUUCAACUCCAAGGCCAAGGUGAUUUAUCUCAUCAGAAAUCCCAGAGAUGUUCUCACGUCUGGUUAUUUUUUCUUUGGGGCUUCAGCUUUUGCUAAGAAACCACAGUCAAUGGAGGAAUAUUUUGGAUGGUUCAUCAAAGGAAAUGUGCCAUAUGGAUCCUGGUUCGACCACACUCGUGGCUGGAUGUCCAUAAGAGGGAAGGAGAACUUCCUGAUACUGAGUUAUGAAGAGCUGAAACGGGACACAAGAAGCAUCGUAGAGAUGAUAAGCCAAUUCCUGGGCAAGAAAUUAGAACCAGAAGAACUGAACUCCGUCCUGAAGAAUAGCUCCUUUCAGGUCAUGAAAGAAAACAACAUGUCCAAUUUUUCCCUCCUGCGUGGUCAGUUUUUAGAUAAGAAUGGAAUACUACUGAGAAAAGGCAUUACUGGGGACUGGAAAAAUCACUUCACGGUGGCCCAAGCUGAAGCCUUUGAUAGAAUAUUCCAGGAGAAGAUGGCAGAUCUUCCUCGAGAGUUGUUCCCAUGGGAAUAGUGUUCAAAAUCUUCUAUAUCUUACAUCAGUCUUAAUAUUUGUUUCCUGUCCUUGUAUAUGUGCAUGACUAGAGAUAAUUGCAUAAAACCUGAAUUUCAUCCUGGAGCCUUGAAUUGUCAAAUCCUUGCAUCUUUGAGGACCUGACUGUGAAGAAUCACUAUGGGACCCUUGAUUCACUUUGUGGCAUACCAGCUCUUAAAAAAAUGUUUCUAACAUUUCAAACCUACAGAAUGAUACAGAAAUAAUAUAUUACCCAAAAUUGUGUCAAAAUUUUUUAAUAAAAUAAAGAAGCAGUUAAGGCUGCUUCUCUCUCGAUUGCUUGUACCUCCACAAUUUAUUAAUAUUCUGACCUUAAUGUAUAUGAUUCCCAAAAUAGAAUUAUUCUCUAGCUAUGUGGUGUUUGACCAUAAAUAAUAUAUGGUACUUAUGGAGGCUUUUAAAACUUAGAUAAGUGGCUUACUGUAUAAUGCAUUCAUCAACUUAAAUUUUCACUCAGUAUUUUCUAUUUGACUUUCAUCCAUGUUGAUUAUAUAAUUGGUUCAGUAUUUCUUAUCGAGAGUUGUAACAUAAUUUAGUGAUCAAUUAUCCUGUGGAUGCACUUGGGUUUCUCCCCACCAGUUUUCCCCUAUUUAAAUCACUGUCUUGGCCUAACAUAUGAUCGAUCCUGGAAAACAUUGCAGGUGCACUUGAGAAGAAUGUGCAUUCUGCUGCUUUUGGAUGCAAUAUUCUGUCAAUAUCUGUUAAGUCCCUCUGGGCUAAUAUAUACUGUAAUUUCAACAUUUCCAUGCUGAUUUUCUGUCUGGUUGAUAUAUCCAUUGUUGAAAAUGAGAUAUUGAAAUCCCCUAUCAUUAUUGUACUACUGUCUAUUUCUCCCUUCA